UAGGUUGCACUGCACGGAAAGUCACCUCGUCGAGUCGGUCAUACAGAUGCUACUGUAAAGCUAGCAGAGCUAGCAUGGUCAUAUCGGUACCGGUGGAAGGUCGACAGUAGGACGGCAGCAUCCUCUCAUAUCGCUUUAACUUCCUGUGCUGUAUUUGUUUGAUCAUUUAGGCUUUAUAUAUUCUCUGACUUUUCAAACUCCCACAGCUAGCUAAGCAUUCAGCGAGCUAGCUUCAAGUUCUGCUCAGUGUCUUAUUUUCCAUCUGAGACUUUACAGUCAUGGCUGCGCUGAGAGCGUCCUACCACAGGAUCCUGGACAAGAUCGAGCAUCUGCUGCCCGCCAAGCUGAAACCUCUGUACAACCACCCGGCAGGUCCCAAAACAGUUUUCUUCUGGGCCCCCAUGUUCAAAUGGGGUCUGGUUGGAGCUGGUUUGGCUGAUAUGACUCGUCCAGCAGAAAAACUCAGUACCUCCCAGUCUGCAGUGCUGACAGCCACAGGUCUGAUCUGGUCCAGAUACUCGUUGGUCAUCAUCCCAAAGAACUGGAACCUGUUUUGUGUCAAUUUCUUUCUGGGUGGCGCAGGAGCCUCACAGCUCUACAGGAUCUGGAGGCACCAACAGGAUCAGAAGGCUCUGGCCAAAGCGGCCGCAGAAUCGUGAGAACCCUCUGUUGCCAACGCUCCACUUCCUGCAGUGGACUGAAAGGGAGACUUCACUCUGGGCACGCAAACCUGCCCCCUCUUGUCAUCUCCACAUCAUCCCAUGCUGUCUCCAUAACAUCCAUGCCAUAACCAUUACUCUACCACAUUAAGCCUGUCGUCCCUGUUGGAAAUGUGCACUUUCCCUUAAGUUUCAAAUUUCCUCAGGGCGUUUCAAAAAAGAAGAAGAAGAAGAGAGGACAUUUUUUUUAACUGUAGUCAACACAUAGUCACGAAUGGAGGUCAUCAACGCACAAGUACAACUUGUUUAACGAGCUGUAUGAUUGUACAUUCUUUAAUUUAAGUUCAUGCUUUAUAUCUCGUGCACUAGUUGGGAAAGUUUUGUUGCUUUUUCCAUCAUCAUUUUCAGGUGUAGCAAUCAAUACCUCAUGCUAUAAUCUUCCAAAAUCAUACAUCCAUGUAACGCUCUGACUUGUGUUGAACGUGGUUUGAGGAAUGUUUCCAAAUGAAAUAUAGAAAGGAUGUCAUCACAUUUAUUUUUACUUAUUUAUAAUUUGGUAUCAGUCACGACAUCUGUACCUCAGUGAUUAUUAAAUCAUUAUUGAUUACCAUGUAAUGAUUCCUUCCAUCCUAAGGCUUUAAUUCUUUUUAACGUGUGUGAGUGCAAACCAUAAUUUAUGAACCAUGUGGUUAAAAAAAAAAAAAUCUCAUGUAGUGAAAACUUUAUUCAAAUAUAAAUUCUUUGCUCUUAUCAGGUUCACUUACUCAGAUAUCACUUAUUAAUGUGUGCAGUAUUUUAUUGAUUGUUACACUGGUAGUGACAUGCUAACAGUUCAUCAUCAUCAACAUUUCACCUCUUUGUUCCUAGGAAGGUGUUUUAUAUUUACUCCAGAUUAGAGUACUUCUUUAUUAUUCCUGCUCCACUUAGACGUCAUAAUCCCCAGACUGUUUUAGCAAUAAAUGGUGUCAUCACUGCAAAAUGUUUCUUGAUCUGCUGACUGUUUGUACAAAUGGCACUUUUAAGGUUGAUCAUUAUGGCUCUGUGGCUAUGUAAUGGACAUGUUAAACUAAUAAAUCCUGUUUGACACCUACA